CCUUGAAGGUAAUGUAACAAAAGGUUAUCUAAGCAGAAUGUUGAUUGGUUUUAUCUAAAAAUUUACAAUUACCCGCAUCCGGGCUAUUCCUUUCACCACCACCACCACCACUGACAUAGCGUCUCUUUUGAUUGGUUUGUUUCACUCCUUUCGAUUAGAAUCCUCGUAAGUUAUUUGUUUAAAAGAGCGAAAUGGAUCCACAUAGCAUAUAACAUUACUUACCCAACGAUAAAAUUUCACGGAAGCGCUUAUUUUUUGGUGGCUCAAUAUUUGUGAUAAGUCCUUCAUUGGCUGGGUACUUAAUUUUUACACCUGUAGCUGCACGAACGCGUAUUUCUAAGGAGUGAAUUUCAAGAAUCUCUUCACAAGUUCCGCGACUAUUGAGUACGUAGCCAAUUAGAUAACUUGGCAUGGGUAGACGUUCACUGGUGACGAAUACUUCACCGGCAUUGCCUUGCUUCCACUGUUGUAUUCGUUCAGCCAAACGUCUAUCCAUAGCUAUAAAUGGUCCACCUUCAGUCAUCCAAUCUUUAUCUGCCUAAAAUGAACACUAAAUACUAUUCUGCUUCCUUUCUUGGAAUUAAAGAAGUGUGAGGAGAGGUAG